AUGUUAACAAACAUUUUGGUAGUGCCGGUGACAGGAGUCGGACGCGGACACCUUUGUGAGCCAAAACAGCAGCAGCGGAAGGUGGGUGGCGCCGGUGCGGGGCGAGGUCGGGGGGAAAGUUGGUUUUCGAAAAAGGACAAGGCUAGCCUCCUGCAGGACCUGCAGCUGUUUCACGACCGGAGUUGGACGCAGUUUAUGCGGUUGCCGAAGAUCGGAGGUCGGUAUGUGGAUUUGCACCGGUUGUAUUCGGUGGUGGUAGCCAGGUGGACGAAAUUGAAGUUGAAGCAGAUUUACAUCCGCUUUUCGAACAUGUACGAUAAGGUAAAUUUUAACGAAGACCAGUUUACACCAUUUCUGAAUGGACCGUCUGUACGAAAGCCGCAAGUCCUGGAGUUGACGUACUCGGAUUACUGCCAGAGGUUGGAGCGAGAUCCGACGAAUUUGAUCAAGAACAUCUACCUGGAAUACCGAAGAAGUCACCGUGAUCUGGAACUAUCCGUUCAGGCGCUUUACUUCCCAGCCGGAAAACGUCGACUUCCCUUCCCAAAUCAACAACAAAUGGCCAACUCCUCCAAGCCUGUCCUGAUGAUGGCCGGCAACGAGACCACCCUGUUCUCUACAACGCUGUCGCGCUCCAAAAUGAAGGCCGCGAUGUUGCUGCCCAACAAAACGUCCAUCCGUAACCUGCUCAGCAUGGGGCCUUCGGACGUGACAGGUGGCGUACCGUAAGAAUCGGUUCAGCUUGGACGCGGAAGUUAGCCUACCAUAAGCAGAUGCGUUGAAUACAAAAAAAAAAAACGGAAGCAACUGUUUUAAUAUUAAAAUAUUGAAAUAAAAUCCAUCACAUUUUUCGAAAAUCAUCACUGUAAUGUUAAAUGUUAUUUAUUCAUGCCAUAAAAAGUUUCUUCUUAAAUUAAAAGCAAAAAACUUUUACCGAUACAACGAUUUUGUU